AUGAAUGAUUUUUCGGAAUCAGAUACUCCAUUCAGCUUCGAACAGUUAUUAUAUGGAGAUGAUUGGCAGAGGUGGGACACUUAUCCGAGCGUUGAUGUUAAUGCCAACUCAAUAGAGCCUAAUCAUUCGAUGGUCGAGAUGAACCAUGAUGGUAUGACAAUAGAUGCUACUCCAAUUUCAAUGAUAUAUCCAAUGGAAGAAACAUUCGAGCAGUGGUUACAGACACUGGCCAAUGGAUCAUUUGAAAUACCAUCAUAUGAAGAACUCAACUUCACGUAUGAGAUAGGAGAUGUCUGCAUUGGUGUAGACGUUGAUAUCAUUGAGGGGAAUCUGAAACGAAGAAAGUAUGAAGAUCGUUCUGGUCAAGCGGAGAAGUGUGUGAUAUGUCUCGAUGAACUUAAGUGCAAUGAUGAGGCUUCUACACUGGCAUGUGGGCAUGAUUUUCACUACGAGUGUAUCAAAAACUGGCUAAUGGUCAAGAACAAGUGUCCUCUUUGCAAGCAACAAGCUCUUUAA